CGUUCCGCCCUCGCCAGCUCAAGAUGCUGCGGAACGGCGCUGCCGGAGGCGCCUCCUCGUUCAGUGCCGCCGCCCGGCCUGUGCGCGUCUGGUGCGAUGGAUGCUAUGAUAUGGUACAUUAUGGACACUCCAACCAGUUGCGACAAGCUCGUGCAAUGGGAGAUUAUCUGAUUGUGGGAGUCCACACAGAUGAUGAAAUAUCCAAACAUAAAGGCCCCCCUGUCUUUACUCAGGAAGAAAGAUACAAAAUGGUGAAGGCCAUCAAGUGGGUAGAUGAAAUUGUUCAAGGAGCUCCUUAUGUCACAACACUGGAAACUCUGGAUAAAUACAACUGUGACUUCUGUGUACAUGGGGAUGACAUCACACUUACUGCAGAUGGCAAGGAUACGUACGAGGAAGUGAAGAAAGCUGGGAGAUAUAGGGAGUGUAAACGCACCCAGGGAGUGUCCACCACAGAUCUGGUUGGCCGGAUGUUGCUUAUGACCAAGGCCCAUCACAGCAACAUUGCUGAAGAUACAGAUUAUCGGAAGCAUGCAGAUAACCUAGGGAAGUGCCCUAAAGGUCACAGUCCCUGGACCGGAGUUUCUCAGUUUCUGCAAACAUCUCAGAAGAUCAUCCAAUUUGCAUCUGGCAAGGAGCCACAACCUGGAGAUACCAUAAUCUAUGUGGCUGGUGCCUUUGAUCUCUUUCAUGUAGGUCAUGUGGAUUUUCUGGAGAGAGUGCAUCAAAUUGCAAACCGACCGUAUAUAAUUGUUGGGCUGCACUUUGACCAAGAAGUGAAUCUCUAUAAAGGCAAGAACUAUCCCAUAAUGAAUGUCCACGAGCGAACCCUCAGCGUUUUGGCCUGCAGAUAUGUUUCUGAAGUAGUGAUUGGAGCUCCCUAUUCAGUCACUGCGGAUCUGCUGGAUCAUUUCAAGGUGGAUCUUGUGUGCCAUGGGAUGACUGAGGUGGUACCUGACAAGGAUGGAUCAGACCCGUAUGAGGAACCCAAGAGACGUGGUAUUUUCCAGCUGGUAGACAGUGGCAACAAUCUUACCACCGAUCUGAUAGUGAAAAGAAUAAUUAAGAACAGGCUGGAAUUUGAAGCUCGGAAUCAGAAGAAAGAAGCAAAGGAACUGGCUGUUCUGGAGGUCAUGAAAAGAAAGGAGGAAGCAGCCCAACAGAAGACAGGUCUAAGGGACCAAGAGAGUUAGCAUGGAGAAGAGUGCAGGAGAAUCCUCCUCCUCCUGGAGCUGCAAAUUUCUCCUCGAUGCUGCUGUCCUUUCUGAAUUAGGCCUGUGGUCACAUUUUCCUGCCUUUAAGUACAUCAGCUGCCCAUAGGGAAGAGCCAGAUGGAUGCUGCUAUCUAGUUAGUCGGGAAGUUUUAAACAUGGUCCUUCCAAUAACCAGUUUUAAUUUUGAUGAAAGUUAGCAAUCUUGUGUGGGUUUUAUCUUCUGGCAUUUCUGACCUAAUGGAACUAGGGAAUUGGGAAUCCUCUCAGCAAACCUUCUGAAAUUUAUAUAUCUCAAAGCAUCUCUUUAAUUUGUGCCUGCCAGAGAUAAUUUUCAAAUAUAUCAAACCAUCCUUUCUGGAUUCAGGGUCCUUUGUUAACAGCAACAGUUGCUGAAGUUUGGCUGGAUGCUAUUGGAGGUUGCUCCUUUUCCAGGAAACAGGAUGCAGCCAUACUUGCCACUAUAUUUCCCAGCUAAGUAUAUCUGGAAAAAAAGAACUGCAAUUGUAUACACUGCCUUACAUCAGAAUCUUUCCAUAUUGUAAUUGUGGAAGGAGUUCAGUGGGCUUCUCUAAUUUCAGAUAAUGCUCUCCUUACUUUAUGUAGAGAUAAGUCUGUUGAGGCCCGUAGCUAAGCAGGAAGGCUGCAGUACUAAUUGCUCUCAUAGCACGAAAAUAUGGUGUAAAUCUUUGGAAAUCUCACUAUGGCUGAAGCUGAUUUUCAGAAGCUCCAUAUUGAUCCUGAGUUACAUCCUGGGGAAGCAUACUGUCCCUUGUAUGUAAAUGCUUUGUACUGCUAACAUUGGGUGCUUUGUGAUGAAGCCUGAAGUUUCUUUCUCACACAUGAUGGGGAACACAUGGGGGCCACAUAUGAGGAUGGGGUUCUUUCCCACCCAAACAGGCUCCUUUCUAUCUUUCUCUUGUACAUUUUCAGCCAUGGAUAUUAAUAAAAUGUUGAUGACUUGCA